AUGUCCAACGAGCGUUCACGUCGACAAUACCAGCCAUUCGAGGCAUAUCAUUCAAGGCCCCAUGGUCCUCCAGAAUUAAUGAGCGUCGAUGACUUCCAUACCACACUUGCCAGCAAAGUCACCGGCACAUGGAACCUUCAUAAUGUGGCCAUGGAGCUGGGUCUGACAUUUGGUUUCUUCACCAUAGUUUCCAGCAUGUCUGGAGUUAUUGGUCAGCGUGGUCAGGGUAAUUAUGCUGCGGCGAACGUCUUCAUGGAUUCUUUCGCACGAUACCGUCAAUCUCUCGGACUGGCCGCCAAUUCGAUCGACCUGGGAGCUGUCGCCGGGGUAGGCUACAUAGUACGGCAAGGGCGCAUGGAGCAUCAUUUCGGCUGGAACCAGCGGAUGAAAAUUAAUGAGAGAAGACUUGGGGAAAUUCUCGAGGCUUCUACCCUUCAGCAGACUUCCGCUAUGAACCCACAGACCGUUUCCCAACUGCUCACCUUCAGAUCCCGCAGCCAGCCAACUCAGACUUGCAAAGAGAUAAAAGGAAGCAGUUAUUUCGAAGGGCUCAGGGAGUUCUCCGCCAGCAACCCUGACGCCAGUUUAUCCGUCUUAAUAGUCCAUAUGCUAGAGAUUCCCAACGAAAAGCUUCACAAGAUCAUGCGGCUCGAAAACCCUCUCAACCCGCUUAAGGCCUUAUCUACCUAUGGCUUGGACUCUCUGAAUGCCGUAGAACUCCGCAAUUGGAUGUCAUUGGAGCUGGGCAUUGGAGUCACUGGUUCGUCGUACGGUCUGUGCGAAAAAUGA